GGACCGCGUUCUCCACGUCGUGGCCUCGGAAAUACACUGAGUCUGGAUCACUUUCUCCAGAGAGCUCGAGUCUUGUCCUUUUACCGGACCAUCCUGCGCGGAACCCGCAAGAUCAGUGAUCCAACCGUACGAGACGAGACGAGACUAUUUGCGCGACACGAAAUCGAGAGACACCGCAACGUGCAAGACAUUCAACACAUUCGGUACCUUUUGUCGACGGGGAAGACGCAGUGGGAUAGCAUGGAGCGGUAUAUUGGUGGCAUGUGA